AUGACAACCGUCAGACGCAGCAAGGCGAUGCCAACUGAUGGCCCUACUGCCAAGUUUCUCUACACAAUUAUCAAGCAAUUGGACUUGAAAUCUAUUGACUGGAACCUCGUUGCUUCGCAGCUUGAAAUUUCCAACGGCCACGCUGCUCGGAUGCGUUACUCUCGAUUUCGACAGCAAAUGGAAGGAAUCACAUCUACACCGCGCUCCUCUCGCCCCAAAAAGACCCCCGCAAAGACCGGCAAGGGAAUUGCCAGCAAAGCCGAUCUGCUGAAGGACAAGGGCUCCCCUCAGCCGCCAGUGAAGCAAGAAAAUGCCCGUCCUGCGUACGAGUCAAACCCUUACAUCAAGGUUGACCCCUACGGUCACGAAGUCCAGAAUUUAGCAGACAUUCCUCAUGUCUCCACUCAAGUGAUGCAUCCGCAGCCUGUCCAACCGCAGAUGGUUCCGUACACUCCACUGACCGCGGCCCCGGGAACUUUGACCAUGUACGCGCCUGUUCCCGCUUUCCCACCCUCGCCGCCUGUGGCCUUUCAUCAGCAGGCCGGCCCAAGCACAUGGGCUCCUAUCAAGACCGAGCCUGAGCCUGAACCCGAGCCGGAAGCCCCAGGCAAAAUGCAUGAAGCAAGCGUGAAAAUUGAACCGCCCCAGGAGGAACAGUAG